GACAAAAUUUAGAGUCAAAGGUGAAGCAACCCCGAUUACUUGGCGUCCUUGCAGCUUUGCAAUAACCAAAGUGGGGUAGGCGAACAAAGAACAUCAGAGAAGAGAAUGACAGUCGGUGGGUGAAGAAUUUGAUGAUUUAGGGCGGACAUCACAAAGAAAUUCGAGGAGUAGCAAGCCAUAAAUCCUAAUCAUUGUUCCACGGAUCGAUCGUUCAUCUCCGCAUCCAGUUCUCUCAAACACAUAUUCCAUGGCGGAGUCUACAGCUGUCUUGCGCACUUUCCAUUAUUCUAUGCGCAUAGAUUCAACUUCACAUUCUGCAGCUGCAAGACGUGGUGUAGUUUCUAUGCAUAAUGCCAAAUGGCUCACAUCAACCAAAUCUCUCAUCUCAGCCUUUGGUAGGGAGCUUGUUUCUUCUCGAUCGAAGCGAGCAGGAAUUCUUGUGUCAUGUGUGAAGACAUCUGAUGGUGCAGUUUUUGACGGGUCUAAUGGUUCACCGGAGAAAACUUCUCGUCGAGGUGCAACUUUUCCUAGUGGUUUUGAGGAACUUGUGCUGGGUGUCUGUGACACGACACAGGUUGCUGAACUGAAAAUGAAGAUUGGAGACUUCGAAAUGCAUCUUAAGAGGAACAUUAAAUCAGUGGAAGCCCACGUGCCUGUUGCUUCGCCUACAGAACCACCACCAAUUCCUAGUAAACCAAUGACUGAAUCAGCCCCUGCUGAUGAACCGUCUUUUUCUGGAAAACCAAAAACAAAUCCAUUUACAAAUGCAACUGUUAAGAAGUCAAGAAAAUUAGCAGCACUGGAAGCUUCCGGAGCUACUGGAUAUGUUCUAGUUUCAUGUCCAACGGUUGGAUCAUUCCAUAAAAGCAGGACACUGAAAGGGAAGAAGCAGCCACCUGCCUGUAAAGAGGGUGAUGCCAUUAGAGAAGGGCAAAUAAUAUGCUACUUGGACCAGUUCGGCACUGAACUUCCUGUGAAGUCGGAUGUAGCUGGAGAAGUCAUAAAGAUCCUCUUUGAUGAUGGAGAGGCUGUUGGUUAUGGAGAUCCCCUUAUUGCGGUCUUGCCCUCGUUUCAUGAUAUUGUCAUUUGAGAUUUAGGAGCCGCUUACCAAGUGCUUACUGGUGUUUCUUACCUUACCGAGUAAACAUGGCAAAGACCGGGAAUAUUUUUACUUACUAAAAGAUGCUUACAAACAAUCAAUUUUGAUGGCCGAGAAUGUUAUAUGUAAGGUAAGUGACAGUAGGAUUCUCUGUCGUAUUAAAUGUUCGCUUUUUAGGUGAAAAUAUAACAUGUAUUCACUAAACAAAAUGUGUGAGAAACAAUCACUGGUCAUAGAUAUUUGUAAAGCAGUUUUCUUCUUCUUGUAGAACUGAUCGUCUUGUAGAUAGAC